UAACUGAAGUCGAAUCUAAAGACAAAGUUAUAAUUUUCGAAGAAACUUUAAAUAUUAAUACUCGUUGUACGUAUUUAAACAAGUGGUUAUAUUAUUUUAUAAAAAUAUAUAGUGUUCCAGAGGAGUUUAUUAGGAAAAUUUUUGAAGCAGUUGAUGAUCUAAAGGACUUAUUAUCUAAAAAUGGUAAAUAUACCAAGUGUUAUUACGAAUCAUAUACGAAUAAUGAAGACAUUAUUGGAGAAAUAUUAAUGGGUGAGCGUCCAGAACAAUAUCAACCUUGUCUUAAGUACAUAUAUGACUGUGUCAAUACAUAUAAGAAGUUGAAUCCCAUAUAUUGUAAUAAUGCGUACCUGGAUUCAAAAUAUAGUAAACUUUGUUCUGGUAUACAAUCAUUUAUUGUGACUUAUAAAGGUUUGUCUGAAAUAGGUUCAUUAAAAAAAAAGCUUCCAGACUUAGAUUCUACCCUACAAGAAUUUAGAGCUGCACUACAACCUAGUGGAGAAACAGACACAUCUACUACUGAGCAAACUAUUUUUUUUAGUGGUCCACUAAAAUCUAAAAUAACAACAGGAGUCACAGCAGGGGUAGGAGCAUGUGCUUUUCUAGGAAUUUUGUAUAAGGUUAACACGAAUUAUUAUAUUUAUAGAAAUAUUACAUCUCUCAUUUUUUGCCUAU